CUUGUGAGAGAUGUGGGCCUGUUCAAAAGACCGAAAUCACCUUCACAACCAACUAAUAGAUCACCGAACUUUUUAUUUGAUGUUGCUUAUGCGCUUAGCUGUCCUGAUGGUCGUAAAGUAUUUCUUGAAAAAACAAAAGAAAACGCCGUACUGUCGCUUACAGACAGCGAUGGACACUCGAUCAAAACGCUCGCCUGUGAAUUUUGAUCAAGCCUCAAUUGAAAUCGAUGUAAAUGAAAGUAAACAAUUCAUCUUAGUUGUAUUCUGUAUGCAUCAACUUACUAGGCAGUAUGCUGUGCAAAAGAUUUUAUUGGGCAAGUCAUAUUAACA